CUGAGGAAAUAUUGUCACAGCUUGUAAGAUAAGUCACCAGACUACUGCUUGUAUUGGCCAGAAUCACGUCCAUGACGUCAUAAUUAAUAUCGACGCCCAAUUGUCACGAUCGUGUUUCACGAUACUGAACAUAUCGAUAGUGAGAAGAUCGAUUUAUCUGCCAGACGAGACAAAACAAGAUAGCGUUUAUUUGGAAAUUCUACAAGAGUUUCAAGUGGCUGAGUGCUCAACAAAGCAAGAGAAAUAAAAGGAAGUUGUCAGCUACGCAAGUUCAACGCUCUUCGGAUGGUUUGUAACUGACGGUAAACCUUUGAUAACUGUGGUACUGAUACAACCAUUCACUUGAAUGAGAAUUUAAACUUGAUUUGCAACACGUUUGGAAAACAAAAUGGCGUCGACUUUGAUAACAGUGUUGGUCGCCGUAUGUGUGCCUUUCUUCAUCGUGGGCAUCGUAGGAAACAUUGGUGUUAUUUUGUGUAUAUUUGUAACGCCAUCUCUCAGGACUCGAACCAACGCUAUCAUAAUCAGCCUAGCAACAAGUUGUUUAGCGUUUCUACUAAUGGUAGUUCCCUUCACCGUGGAUUCUUUUCUGCAUUCUAGCUGGCGUGUUGCCUUGUGGUACUGCCACACUACGGCUUACCUAGCCUUUGGAUUUAUAGGUAUUACAGUGUGUAACAUCGCAGCGUUAUCUGUAUACCGUUACUUCUGCGUGGUACAUCCAACUAAACUGUUUUUGAGGAGUAUUCCCAAUGUAGUUUUCCUGAUUGUGUUAUCAUGGCUCAUACCAAUUCUCACACAGACAUCUCUUGCUACGUUUCAAAUUGCUCAUACGGAGUUUAACCCGUUGUAUGCCCGAUGUGUCGUCAUCAAAAAGGGUAGCCCUAUCGUGUAUAAUGGGCUAGUGUUUGGUGGGUUCCUGUCUACUCUUGCUAUAACUCUGUUCAGUUAUGCAGGUAUCUAUCGCCAUGUAAGAAAAAGCACAAACAGACUUCGCAAACAAGCACAGAUUGGUGCUCAACGAAGCUCUCACCCGGAUGUUCAAACUGGGCAAAUGAUCAAUACAGAUGCAGAGACUGAUGGGACGUCAUCGACGCCAAACGCUGUCAGGACACCAGACCAUAGCCGUGCAAGGGAUAAACGACCAACUUCAAGUGGAGCUACCAACAGACACACAAAAGAACAGAAUUACCUGACUAAGAUCUGUGUUGUUGUAUUCGCAUUGUUCAUGGUUUGCUAUGGCCCUAUUGUUAUACUGUCAGCUGUGUAUGCUAAGGACGAUUUCCCAGCUGAUGCUUACACAGUUUGCACCAUGAUCUACUGGUUGGGUAGCUGUUUGCACCCGCUGGUUUACGCAACACUACAACCUCAAAUGCAGAAGUCUGUGUUGCGUUUCUUGAGGUGCUGCCGCAAAACACACAGUGAGAACAGAGUUACUUCAGUUGCUGCUGAUGUGGCGUAGUGAGAACAAAAGGGAGUUAAGAAUUUAAGAAAUGUUAAACUUGCAUCAGGGAUCAAGAACAUCACUUGGUUUCACCUC